AUGCGAUUCAAGGCCCGGAUCCAGAAUGUUUCCACAUUCACAAAGCUCACAGCAUCCCUCAACUCGCUUGGACCGCUAGCUUGGGUGAAAUUGAGCGAGGAGCAAGUGGGCUUCACCAUCAUACCCGAGCAGGGCACACAGGAUGCCAUCUUUGAGACGAUCUCCGUACAAUCUGCUGCCAACAAUAUUAUCAAUCUUGAGGUGCCGCUCACCUCGCUCAACCGAGCUCUCAAAUCCGCUCUGAACGCCACCUCCGCCCAGAUACGUCUCACGAAGAAGGACAACAUGCCUGUACUUGCCCUUACUAUCGUCACGACCACCUCUUCGAAUUCAUACAGUGCCUUUCCUACUGCGGGUGCCAACAAUGAUGACGGCUUUGACGCGCCAUUUGACAACGCCUUCGGAGGCAAUCGCGAAACGGUCGUCACGCAAGAAAUCCCCGUGCGAGUGCUUGCACCAGACACAGUAGCCCACAUACACGAGCCACAAACGCGAGAGCCAGACGUACACAUUAUACUCCCGCCGCUGAUGCAAUUGAAGAGCAUCAGCGACAGGUUCACAAAGCUAGCGCUCGCAGAUAUAAAGCCAGCGUCAGGUUCAACAGCAUCUAGGACAAGACUGGAAGUCGCCGCGAACAUGCACGGCUGCCUUAAGAUGAGUAUUAAGACAGAUGCAAUGAGCAUAUCGUCUGUGUGGACAGAUCUCAGCAACCCGGAACUUGAUCCUGCGCAGGUCGCGGGAGGCGAGAACGGACUUGCUAAUCAUCCGAGCACGCGCAUGAAGCAGUUGGGCUCUCCGGACGGGCGCAGCGAAGAAGGCUGGGCAACGGUCAGGAUAGACGGGCGCGACUGGGGAAAGGUGAUGAGCGUGGGGAGACUUGGUGGGAGAGUUAUUGCCUGCUUCUGCCACGAGCAUGCUUUGAUUCUUUAUGUUUACCUACCGAAUGACAAUGGCGACGAUGAGUCUGUCUUGACGUACUACGUCAGCUCAUAUAGCGCAUGAAGCGCGAACCGCUUCUGUAUCAAGUUGCAACCACUUCAUGAUGAGGUACCUAGAUACAAAUGGACGCGAUAUUGUGAGCGUUGACGUCAUCAUCUACGCCGAUAGCAAUUUUAGGUUCAGUUCACGCCACCAGUACAUGACUCACAUCUUUGAGUGAACGUUCUCCAAUUUCGAGAUGCCACCUUAUGGAUGCGUUUGGCUAGUGAUGGAUGCCUGAGCUUUCCAGGCACCAAGUGAGGCCCUAGCGCCCAAUCACGUCUCGUUGCCAC